CAGAGCAGGAAGAGCGGAGGAGCAGAGAGGGAGCAGUGGGGGAGGAGUGAAGGAGGAGAGGAGGAGGAGAGGAGAGAGGAGAGGAGCAGAGGGGGAGCAGAGGAGAUGGGAGCAGAGGAGAUGGAAGCAGCGGGGACGGAGAAGCAGAGGAGCAGCCAGGGAGAGGAGGCGAGGAGAAAAGGAGGCGAAGGAGAACAGGAGGUGAAGGAGAAGAGGAGGCGAAGGAGUAGAGGAGGCGAAGGAGGCAAGGAGCAGCCGGGGAGAGGAGGCAAGGUGAAGGCGGAUUCUGUGCCGUUGCCACGGAGAUGCAUCGGAGGGGACGGAGCAGCGACAUCAGAGGCAAAGGAGCAGAGGAGGCGAAGGAGAAUCCCCUGCCACUGCCG